AUGGUGUCCGAGAAGGAUGAUGAAGAGGAAUCAAGCAAGAGCCUCAACGAAACCAUGCUGGAACAAAUCAAGAAGAUGAUGAUUGAGGAGUUUGAUCGGAGGGAACAUGUUAAAGAAGGAAAGCAGAAGCAACCUAAGGAUCCGGUCACAUCUAAGAAGAAACCAGUUGAGGAUCUUAGUGGUUACAUGAUGAUGAUUCCGCCAUUCCUUGGGAACAAUGAUCCAGAUGUAUAUCUGGAUUGGGAGAAGAAGUGCGAGAUUACCUUCAACCGACAUAACAUAGCUGACAUCAACCGAGUAAAACUAGCAGCUAUGGAGCUCAAGUAUUAUGCUCUAAGUUGGUGGAAACAGGUUGAGACGGCCCGAGCUUACAGUGGAGCUUAUGAGAUCUCUACUUGGGGAGAAAUGAAAAGGGUUAUGAGGCAGCGGUUCGUUCCCAUUCACUAUCAGCGUGAGCUGCACUCUAAACUCAGGAAGCUCACUCAAGGAUCCAAAACCGUUGAAGAAUACUUCCAGGAGAUGGAGGUUAUGAUGUUGAGGGCUAAUGUCAUUGAGGACAGGGAAGCCACUAUGUCUCGGUUCCUUGGAGGGUUAAGCCGCGAGAUCCAAGAUGUGGUGGAGAUGCAAAACUGUGUGGGCUUAGAAGCUAUGCUCCACAAAGCCGUUCUUGCUGAACAACAGCUCAACAGGAAAGGUUCCUCACGUUUUGGUUCCAAUUCGCUCAGCCAGGAGUAUUCAAGAGAUAGCAAGCCAGUCUUCACUCCUAAGCAUGAACCAAGAUCAUCAACGAGUUAUCAAGAUAAGGGAAAGGGCAAGGCAGAUGUGACUCCAACUACCAGUGCUCGUGAGGUCAAGUGUUUCAAGUGUCAAGGGUUUGGUCACUAUGCUAUUGAAUGUACCAACCGCAGAGUAAUGAUCAUAAGAGACAAUGGCGAGAUUGAAUCCGAGGAAGAGCCUACGCCCAAGACUGUUCAGGACACAGAGGAGUAUGAAGCAGUACCAGUUCGUGAUGAAGUCUGUAGUCUGAUCACUGAUGGAGGCAGCUAUACCAACGUGGCAAGUGAGACCAUGGUCAAGAAACUUGGGCUUAGGUCUCAGAAGCAUUCCAGUGCCAAUGACCAAGAGCUAGGGCCUGAGCUUGAACCUAAUCAAGAAGCUGAAGACCAUGGAGAGCCAAAACCUAAGCAGCCAAACAAAACAUUGAGCAAUUUGUAUCAAGGUACCAAAGGUGAAUCUAUUCAAACCCCUUCCUGUGAUUUGCAAGAAAUUGUUCAAGUCCCUAGCAAUGAUAAGGUACAUGCUAGACUUCCUCAAAUUGUUUAUAAUGAUUCCAUGAGUUUUAUGAUGCACUUGCUUUUCUCCAAAAGUGUUGAGACAGGUACAGGGUCUAGUGAAGAACAAUGGAAGCAAGCAGAUCAAGAAAAAGAAUCUCAAUCCGACCAGAUUCCACCAGAAUCUAAACCACCAGACCAACAACUACAAGGUUUAGGUGUGACAAGAAAAGAGACAAAUGAGGAGGAGUUGCCAACUCAAGUUCCAAAUCCAAAGUCAGCAGAAAGCACUUUUUCUUUGAUAAUGCCAAAGGAGAUUAGAUCAGAACCACACAUUCAGCCUGACCCAGGUAAGUGUCUACAACCUUUUUCAAUUAGUAAAACUCAUGAGUUUUCUAAUGUUGCAGGAAGAAUAGGUUUGAAUCUUAAGCUCUCCAACAAAAAGAUCAGAAGUGAAAUCACAAUUUCUGUUGAGAAAGCUCCUAAUGAUGAGUUAGACCAUGAGUUCAAUCCAGAACCAAACAACAAGUGGAAGUCAAAAACAGAACAAGGAUACAGUCAAGCCAUGUCUACUGCUAAGCUAAGUGCAAUCUUAAACCAACACAUUCAUCCUGUCUUUUUAACUGUCUUAAUGCACUUGUCUUGGUUUAAAGAAGUUGAGAAAGGUACAGCUGAGCAAGAGAGACGCCUAGAAGCUCACAAAGCAUUAACUUGUCAUACCAAGGAGGAGUAUGAGCAACAUGUUCUUGAGCCAAUUGCCGCAGCUGAUUCACUAAUGAGCGUUUUGCAUAGUACACAGGCAGGUUUGAUGGAGAAGCAUAAGGAACUUGGAAGAAGCAGCAUCAAAGAACAACACAUUCUCAUCUCACGUUCAUCUCAUUCCUGUUCAUUUAUGGUUCUUUGUUUGAGUUCUCUAUUCACUAAAGGCGAGGCAACUGAUUGGAAUCAAGAAGAGUGGCUAGCAUGUUCCAAUCCAAUUCCAGAGAAACCACCAGACUCUUAUCCGAUAUUCAAAGCAGCCAUCCAAGUGGAGCAGCUUGAACGUGAGGGAAGAAAGCUAGUAGCUGAGGAUGAGCUUGAACCGGAGCUUGUAGCUGAGGAAGCUUUAGCUGCACCAAUGGAAUUGGUUACUCAUUCUGAGUUAAUCUUGAGCUAA